AAAACGUGAUUUCCGCGUUUGGUACUGGUCUAACGAGUCUCAUUAGAAUUACGAAACUAUGGCUUCAGAUCCACAGGAGAUAUCACCACAUGCUGAGGAAGAGAUUGAAGAAACGCCAGGCUACAAACCGCCGGCUGAGAAGUCAUUGGCUGAAAUUCAACAACUAGACGACGAAGAUGAAAGCUUAAAAAAGUACAAAGAAACACUUCUAGGUACCAAUUUAGCGACAGGCAUAGAUGAUCCUCGAAAGGUUAUUGUUGAAAAGAUGUGCCUUGUAGUGGAAGGUCGACCAGAUGUAGAGCUUGCUUUAACAGGAGACUUGUCAGUUUUAAAAUCUUCUCCCUUUGUCAUCAAAGAAGGCACAGAAUAUAGGAUAAAGAUUUUAUUCAGAAUUCAGCAUGAAAUCGUAUGUGGUUUAAAGUAUCAUCAGUUAACGUACAGGAAAGGAAUACGAGUUGACAAAACUCAUUUCAUGGUUGGCAGCUAUGGCCCGAAAGCAGAACUGCAGUUUUACCAGACUCCAGCAGAGGAGGCGCCAAAAGGAAUGGUUGCACGUGGCCACUAUACAGUCAAGAGCAAAUUUAUAGACGACGAUAAAAAUGACCAUCUCAGCUGGGAGUGGGCUUUUGAUAUAAAAAAGGACUGGCAGUAGAAAUUUAGGUCUUCUUUGAAAAGAUCAGUUUAUGUAAAAAAUACUUGAUACAUAUUAGAUAUAGCUAGAUUAAAUAGUGAUCCGAUGUCGUCUUGGGUAAACUGGGUACCCAUUGCACAAAUUAUUUUUAUUACUCAGACGUAAUUACUUUCCAAUUAAAACUACUGUAAAAUACUUUAUUUUAGCUGGAAUUAAUUUUUGUGGAAAAGGCUUUUUGGAUUCUUGCAAGGAGUUUGUUUAUGGAGUUGAUUGAAAAACAUGGGAAGAAAGUUAUAUUCGCUGGAUUUUAUUUUCACUGAAUUAUCCCUUCAGCGAAAAUAGUGUAUUUCACAGUAUAUAGCUGAUUUAUACUUAGUGAGAGUGUGUCACUGUUUAAAAUACUUUGCCUGCUUGUGUGUUUUUUUUCCUCAAGAUUACUUUCAUCGUACUGACUGUGUAAACUCCAAUGUUAAAAUAAUGUCUUUGUAAAAAAUGAUUGGUGUUUUUUAUGAAGGUUUGUGAGCUGGAAGAAUCUUUUUGUCAUAUGGUUUGAGUAAUUUCUGAUUUCACACAUCUGACGCCUAUCUGUACAUGCGAUUACAACUGUUAAAGAGGGGAGGAAGGGCUUUACGGUAUUUGUUGCAAGUUAUCGCUAGUGAGCUGCCUCUUUGAAAUAAAUGUGUACACAUGAUAGUCUGAAUACUUAAUUGAAUCCAAAUGUUAAUUUGUGUUCAUGUAUUGUCUAUUUUCAAUUGACACUCUGGAACUAUUCUGAUAAGAUACUUAUUCAUGUAUUCGAUAGAUGAGUAAUUAUUCCACGUUUGCUCAGAUCGAUGAGGGGUUUAAACUUUAUUCAUGUUCUUUGCUUAUUCUCGUUUUACUUUCCAUUACUGGGAUUGUUUAACGACCUAUCAGAAUAAAGUCUGUGCACCUUGACUCUAAACCACUGAAAUGUUAAUAUUUAUGAGAGGAUGGAAGAUGUUUCCCUGUGCAUCAACAGAACAAAAAGUAGCAGUGUUUAUAUUCAGAGAAAAUGUUAUGAUGUGAAGAAUCAACAAGUAAAAGUGUGUUUGCAAAUAUUUUCUUAAUCUGUAAUCUCUUGAAUUUGUUUCAUACUAUAGUUGGUGUCAAGCUGAAGAUAAUAUAAUGUGUUGAUGUUACGUAGAACAGUUGGUAAAUAAAUUCUUCUUUACAAU